UGUUACAACAAUCUUGUUGGAUAUAGUCCAGCAGAGUAGACCUGCAUACUCUGAGUCUUUUUGUUAUGCUGUGCAAAAGUGGUAUUAUGCAUUUGUUGCUGAAUUCGAAAAGUACCUACUAUGCCUAUACGCAGCAAACUUGUUUUUUCAAAAGCCAAGAAAACAUCAGCAAAAGUCAAUAAAAAUAAAACGAAUAAAUUUAUUUGUACUCUUAAAGGAGCGCGAACAAUGUCUAACCAAUGUAAAGAUUUGGAUAAACUCUCAACGGAUCGAAAAUGGGAUGAUGUAUUCCAUUGCCUUAAGAUUGAUGUUAACUCAACCAUAGAGCUUGGUAAUCUUAAAGUAUCACAAAUUGGCGAGCAGUCCGAUAAGUGGUUGGACGACUACAAAGCGACAAUGAAUUCGUUGGAAGUGAUUUUAGCAAUUAUUCUGCUGUUUGACCAAAUAUUCUAUAUUCUUUUAGUUUGGUACUUAAUAUGUUUUGCAAUAAAAUUAAUACGUUAUCGGGGGCUGAGGACGUUAUGCCAGUUGACUAAAAGGUUUUAUUCACUGGAAAAGAAAAUCAAAAAUCAAAAUAAAAGUAAACCGCUUAUGACCAGAAAGAAAACUAUUACAUUCGCAAAAGGUGCGUUCGACAACUCUAAAUAUUAAUCAACUAAAUUGGGGCUAUAGCCCAGAUUGUUAAUUUUCGAAAACUUGUGUCCUGUAUAUUAUUUUUGUGAAAUGUUCAAAUUAACGAAUAAAACUAUACCAAUCCGCGGCGAUGGAAAGGCCGAAUGAAAAUGAAAAACAGCAGCACCCCUCCACACACUAGUUGUGCGAAAAUUGCCAACACCUAAAACAUCCUUCAUCAUUUUUUAGGAAGUGCUGUGUAGUGGCACCCUUUGGCGUAAUACAAAUCUGUUUCGGAGGUGUGCCAUCUCCGAACUAAAAAAAAUAUUCACCAAACUUAACGAUGAUCUAUCUCCCGUUUCCACGACAGUCGGUUCUACGUUACCGAAACGACCCGGAUUUAUAUCCGGCCAAGGACUGUCACUCCAGCAGCAUUCCCCGUAUGUAAAUAUGGGGAAUGUUUAUGCUGCUACAACAACAACAACAACA